AUCUCACACAGUAAUGUCAGCCACGACGGGAGUCGAGAUGACACCCGGCAAUAACCUGAACCAAAUUGCUUUAUAUUUAUUCAGUUAAUACUCAAAAUCUCUGAGGAGGCGCUGCCUGGAUUGCCUCCCCUGACGAGCCACGACUGGUCAUGUUAAUUGUGUAUCAUCAGAGGCUCCCUGUCACAAUGGAUCCCUCUCCCAUCUCCAUGACCUGUCAUUUUAUGAUUAGGCCCGCAGACAAACUCUGUAUACCCAGCUAGCAAUAAUCUUAAAAUUUCUCCCCAAAAACUCUUUUAGAAUUGGACUAAGGAGUUCUAUAAUCCUUUUUGUCGUCAACAUUUCUUUAAAAAUACAUAUUACCUCAUAAGUCGCCCAAAAGUAGAAACACUAACUUGUUUUGUUUUAACUCUGAUCAUUUUUAUUUAAUCAAAAUACCAAGUGGUAAUGGAUACAUCUACACUAGCAACCCUGGCUGUUGCCACUACUGUGGCUCUGGCCUCGCAGUCUGACAUGUCAGGCUACCUGUGGCUGUUGGUCCUGGGCUUCAUCAUUGCGUUCAUCCUGGCUUUCUCUGUGGGGGCUAAUGACGUGGCCAACUCCUUUGGUACGGCAGUGGGCUCUGGGGUGGUCACCCUGCGGCAGGCCUGCAUCCUGGCCACUAUCUUUGAGACGUUGGGCUCACUGCUGCUGGGGGCCAAAGUCAGUGAGACCAUCAGACAGGGCAUCAUUGAUGUCCAGAUGUACAACGGCUCCGAACACGUCCUGAUGGCAGGAUCGAUAAGUGCAAUGUUUGGCUCUGCUGUGUGGCAGCUGGCUGCAUCAUUCCUGAAGCUCCCCAUUUCUGGAACUCACUGUAUUGUUGGAGCUACAAUAGGCUUCUCCAUGGUAGCCAGAGGUCACCAGGGGGUCAAAUGGAUGGAGUUGCUGCGCAUUGUGUCUUCCUGGUUCCUGUCACCUCUGCUAUCAGGCAUCAUGUCAGGCAUUCUCUUCUACUUUAUUCGCAAAUUCAUUCUGAAAAAGGCUGACCCUGUACCCAAUGGCCUCAGAGCUCUUCCAAUCUUCUACGCUAUUACUAUGGGCAUCAACCUCUUCUCCAUCAUGUUUACAGGAGCACCAUUGCUGGGUUUUGACUUGGUGCCAUGGUGGGGUACCCUGUGCAUUUCGCUGGGCUGUGCCUUUGUCACAGCUUUGGUCGUUUGGUUUGUUGUCUGUCCACGCCUCAAGAAGAAAAUCAAACGAGAAACCGCAGCUGGUCAAAGUGAAACUCUACUAAUGGAGAAGAACACAUCUACACAACAGGGGCAGCCCUCAGUGACCUAUGACCUUCAAACCAAGGCCCACCCACCAGCUGGUCAAAAGGUGGCUUUCAAGCUUGGUGAUUCAGAUGAGGCUGAUUUGGACAACAAUGACAUGGAAACCAAAGAUUUGGAUAUCAGCAGUGGUCUGAAUGGCACCGUUGGCCCCAUGGUCAUCACUGAUCCCCACAGCGGACGGUCCCACACGAUCCACAAGGACUCUGGCCUGUACAAAGACCUGCUACACAAGCUCCACAUGGCAAAAGUCGGUGACUGCAUUGGUGACAGUGACACAGAGGAGCGGUCCAUCAGGAGGAACAACAGCUACACCUCGUACACAAUGGCCAUUUACGGCAUCCAGGGAGAACCGAAAUUUAAGGAGCCGGAUGGUGGUCUUCAGAGAAGACCAAGGGUGGACAGUUACAGCAGCUACAGCUCAGCAGUGACCAGCGGGAGUGCAGUCCCAGAUGGGAGUGUGACUCAGGAGGCUUGCACGGUCCUUGCUGAGGAGGAGGAUGAGCUGGAGGUUGACCAACCAGCUGUCUCCUCGCUUUUCCAGGUCCUGCAGAUACUCACAGCAUGCUUUGGCUCAUUUGCUCACGGAGGGAAUGAUGUCAGCAAUGCAAUUGGCCCACUGGUGGCUCUCUGGCUCGUGUAUGAGAGCGGCUCUGUGGUGUCCAACGCACCCACACCCAUCUGGUUACUUCUGUAUGGCGGAGUGGGCAUCUGCGCCGGUCUCUGGGUAUGGGGCCGGAGGGUGAUCCAGACCCUGGGGAAAGACCUUACCCCUAUUACCCCCUCCAGUGGCUUCAGCAUCGAACUAGCUUCAGCAAUCACAGUUGUUGUGGCAUCCAAUAUUGGCCUUCCUGUCAGCACAACCCAUUGCAAGGUGGGAUCUGUGGUGGCCGUGGGAUGGCUGCGCUCCAGGAAAUCAGUUGACUGGCAUCUGUUCAGGAACAUCUUCAUCGCCUGGUUCGUCACGGUUCCCAUCUCGGGGUUGAUCAGCGCUGCCAUCAUGGCUCUCUUCACAUACGUUAUCCUGUGAGCCUCCCACCAUCCAGCCACUCUGUCACUCCAGCUGGCUGGCCGCUACCAAGAGAGCUUGUCUGGAGGCCUGAUAAAACUGUACGAAUGAACAUUUUUUUUGUCUGUCAGCGGGGUUUAUUAUAUCAUUCAAGCUCAUAUCAAGGUCAAGCCAGUGAGGUUAUCUCAUGAAUGAUGUAGUAUAUAAUAACUGUUAAAAUUAGGUCUUUCAUACUGUUUAUUCCUAUGUACAUUUGUAUAAAACCGAUAUGUAUUAAAAAUCAAAUAAUUCAAAUUACAGUUUUAUUCUAUGUUUAUGUAUUUGGAUAUAAUAAAACAAGGAGUUGCUUGAUUUGAAGAGA